AUGGUGUAUUUGGUCGAUAUUGGCGAGAUCAAGGCUGUGAUAGAAUGGCAGCAGAACGACACAAGACAGUGGCUGGCCGAGUCUGAUCCGCCCACUUCCUCGAUCCAAUUCUCGUUGCGUCUGGAUAAAUCAUGCGCAUUUUUCGAGAUCAUGAUUCCCAUCCGAUACAAGGAGCAUCCAACUGGUUCAGCUGUUUACGUUCGCAUCACCCCCGAAUCCAUGACCAGCCUCAAGCACUCCAUAAAAGACAAUGCUCCCGACGCCAGCGACCUCGUGUUUCCCUCCGCGACAUGUCUUGACCUCGAGCUUGCCAAGCCAAUCUCGAUCCUGAUUCCAACAUUCAUCAAUGAGCCAGUCGUGCCAGCCCGACCGCGUUCAGGGAAGAUACUCGACUCACUUUCCGAGCUCCUAUAUACGACGUCUCUGCGUAUCUAUGUCCCAGAGGACACUUUAUCUCUGGAACAGCUAGACUCUAUCAGCACAGCAGUCUCGCAAAAGCACUUAAAACCCUUUACUGGCCCAGAGUUUGAUGUUUCGCGAUUAUUCACCGGCAGUGGCGCCAAGGUCACAGCUCUCCCCAAACCCCCGCCCCCUUCGUAUAACAAAGCCGCCGUCCAAUCGAGCAUACCUUUAUACAACGAAUCCGCAACCUUUGAUCCACCUACCAACAAGCGCAAACGAUGCCAAGAACCAGUCGAAAAAAGCGGUCCAAUCUGGGACAAACUGCGGGAACUCGAGACCAUAAUGCAACAUCGCGCAUCGCAAGAUGCACUUGUCCAACAGCAACAGACUAAGAUCGUCGAGCUACAAGACAAGAUUGCGAGCAAUGAGAAGCGGAUCUUCGAUUUAGAGGCUCAGGUCGCAGAUCUUCAACAGGCACGAGAUGCGCCCGACGGGAAGCGGCUUCUGGAUUUAGAGGCCGAGGUCGCCGGUCUACAACAGGCACAUCAUGAUGCCAAUGACGCAGGCGCUGUUGAAUUAACAGAAAUCAGAGACGAUAUGCGUACUCUAGAAGGAAUGAUUGACUUUGCGCAUGAGAAAGACGACGAGGAGUUCAAAGAGAGGCUAAAGGAGGAUGUGCUUGAGGAGUUAAUUCAGAGGAUAUCGCGUGGCUAG